CCUCUCCCUCCCCCCCCCCUUCUCCUCUUCCUCCCUUUCCCUCCCUUUCUCUCCCACCAGAUGGCAAACAUCACGCAGAUGCUCCCUACCGACAUGUCCGCGCACGGCGCCACCGGUCCAGCCGACUUUUCUCCCCUGGCCCGGGCGCUGUAUCCGCACCGCUAUGCCGUUGCGGCCGCGGCAGCCGGUGCCUCCGGCGUUCUUGUUGGCUAUCCAUUCGAUCUGCUGAAAACCCGGAUGCAAAACCUCCAGGCCGCCGCUCCCGGCAGCCGGAAUUUGUCGGCCUACGCCGUGGCCAAGGGCAUCUACCGCGCGGAAGGCGUCCCGGGUCUCUUUCGAGGCAUGCUGCCGCCGCUCUUUGUCGUGGGCUUCCUCAAGUCGCUGGCCUUCCAAACAUAUGAGUCACUGAAGAUGGGCAUGGAGGAGCCGUAUGUGCGCACCUUCCAGCCCCAGCCCUCGGACUUGGCGGUGUUCGGUGCUCGCUUUGAGGUCCCGAUGCCGGUGAUCAUCGCGGCUGGCGCACUGUCCGGCGCGGCGAUCGCCGCCCUCAACAGCCCGCUGGACACUAUCAAGGUCAACAUGCAGAUGGCCCGCGCGUCGGUCGCCGACUCUCCCUCCGCCGGUCCUGCCGCCUCGGCCACCGCGGCCCCCGCCCCGGCCAAGCCCCCACGUGUCAGUCUAUUUGGCACGAUCCGGUCCAUUCGGGAGCGGAAUGGCUCCUACCUGGCCCUGUACCGGGCGGCGCACAUCCACAUCGGCCGGGACUUCAUUGGCACCGGGGUCUACUUUGCCACGUACGAACUCUUCCGGCGGAUGUAUCUUCACUCCAGGCUCCGCCUGCACCAGGCCAACACGGCGGCCGCCGAGCAGGGCGGACCCCGGGGCCCGGUGGCUCCGCUGACGGCUUCCGAACUCGGCGCCAUGGCCAUGGUCGCUGGCGGCCUCGCUGGCAUGGCCUCCUGGACGGUGAUGUUUCCCCUGGAUCUGGUCAAGUCGCGACUACAGUCGGCCCUCCUCGGAGCGGCAUCCGGCCAGAACUCCCCUGGUGCCCGGCCCGGUGGGAACUCCUUCCUGGCAUGCGCUCGAGCCACCCUGGCCGAGGGCCACGGUGACUAUCGUGUCUUCUACCGCGGCCUCGGGCCAACUCUCUUCCGGGCCUUCCCUCUGCAUGCGCUGAACUUCAUCGUAUACGAGUCCGUCCGCGAGUGGAUAGAACAGCGUAGCGGCCUGACAAACUAACAUACAAUAGACGACCCCGCUCUAGGCAUGCAA